CGAGUGACGAGAGGACGUCGCGUCGCCGGGUCUCGAGCAGCUGCCGCGGAGCCGCCGGACAGAGCGCCGCAGACGCCUGCCCGCCAUGGCCGAGAGCGACUGGGACACGGUGACGGUGCUGCGCAAGAAGGGCCCCACGGCCGCGCAGGCCAAGUCCAAGCAGGCCAUCUUAGCGGCUCAGAGACGAGGAGAAGAUGUGGAGACUUCCAAGAAAUGGGCCGCUGGCCAAAACAAACAGCAUUCGAUCACCAAGAACACAGCCAAGCUGGACCGGGAGACAGAGGAGCUGCACCAUGACCGGGUGACCCUGGAGGUGGGCAAGGUGAUCCAGCAGGGCCGGCAGAGCAAGGGACUGACGCAGAAGGACCUGGCGACGAAAAUCAACGAAAAGCCCCAGGUCAUCGCAGACUAUGAGAGUGGACGGGCCAUUCCUAAUAACCAGGUUCUGGGCAAAAUCGAGAGAGCCAUCGGCCUCAAGCUCCGGGGGAAAGACAUUGGGAAGCCGAUCGAGAAGGGGCCAAGGGCGAAAUGAACACAAAGCCUCGAAAUCAGUGCGUUCCGGCUGAUCUCGUCUGGCUGGUUCCCCUUGACCACCAGCGCCAGCAGGGGUCUCUUCAUGUGGCUGAGUGGAACACGGGCGUCAGCCCGGGACCCCCCACCCGUCCUGCUGUCAAACAAACAAACAAAACCUUCAAAGUG